UUGGGUGCUGUUCAGUUAGAAAUUUCAGAUCACUUGUCUAUGUUUAAUAACAUUGUGUGGGUGUGUGUAAAACAUAUGCUUGGACAUAACUAUUUCAAGUUAUUUCAGAUUGUAAAAUCUUGUUUGUUGAAAGUGAAUUAACAAAAUGGCGACAUCUGGAAUUUCUAGAAAUUCUGAUGUGGUUAUGUAUUAUUGUUGUACAAUCUGCAAAACAGAGCGGUCUGUAGAAAUAGAUGCAGAUUUUUACUGUGAAAAUGAAAAAUGUCUUAAAUACUUCUGCAGAACAUGUAUAAACUCCCACAGACAGCAUGGUUGGUGGUUUUAUAAAAAAUAUCCUUAUGGAAAGGAUAAAAUAAGGAAGUGGCCACUUUCUAAGAAGAUGGAGACUUCUCUUUUAAUAUGCAUCAUACACAAGCGUGAAAAGUUAACAAUGUUCUGCCCGGACCACAAUCAUCUGUGCUGCUCUAAAUGUGUUGAGCUUAAUCACAGACUAUGCCAAGUAACUCCAUUACCUCAGGCUGCCAGAGGGAAGUUAACCAACUUCAAGAACCUGUCUGUCAGAACGGAAAAUACUCUUUCACAAAUGAAACAAUGUCAGACAUAUCAGGAGGACAGAAUGAAGUAUCUUAAGGUUUCAUACAAAGAACAUGAGAGGCUUAUUGUGGAUGGUUUGCGUGUGAAUAUAGUAUCAUAUUUACGCGAAUGUGAAACCAGCACAGUUAAUACAACACAUGAACAUAUGCAAUACCCUAUCAGUGAAAUGCGUGAGGGAAUCAAAAAUUUAUUAGCAGAUUUUGAGAAAAGCACUAUUAAGGAGAAGAAAGAAGAGCUAAACCUGAAACAAGCUCCUCUCAAGGUUUUGAGAAACAGCUGCUUUAGACUUCACUAUGAAUUGUUCCAUCUCCAUGUAGCCAUUCCGAAAGUACUGGGUAAGCCUGAACUCUCUUUUAUUGCCAGUAAAAAAUGUCUGGAAAAUAUAAAACAAUCUGAUAUAUUUUUAAAAGAGAACUUUUCAAACCAUGUUUUUACUGUGAAUGGGAAGUCUGUGCACAAUGUGAAAAUGCCAAAGGAUUCAGAAACAUGCUGGAUCACAGCAGUAUGUGCUCUCCCAAAUGGACAGGUCCUGGUUGCAGACAGAUUUAUUAAAAAAGUCAAGCUUCUGAGCCAGCAGUACCGUGUGGUGAGCCACUUGGAUGUGAGGGAUGAGCCACGGGACAUGUGUCUUAUCACACCCACUGAGGUUGCAGUGGCUGUGCAUGAUGAGGUCCAGUUUAUCACAGUAAGCCAGAGCCAGCUUGCCAAAAGCAGGAAGCUUAAGUUACAACAUGAAUGUACAGGUAUUGCCCACAAUCAGGGUGACCUAUAUAUCUGCUCUGGUACUGCUCUGUACAAGUUCACAUUGACUGGCAAACUGGUCUCCUGGCUCUAUGGAGAAAGAUCAGCUGAUUUAACAGACCCAGCACCAGAGUACCUACGUGGUCUACAUGUGACCCCUGCAGGCCAGGUGCUGGUCUGUGGACGCCUGUCCAACACUGUACUACAGUCGCUUCUGAGUCAGGACAAGGUUGCUGAGGAUGUGAUGGACAAGAAUGACCUGAAUACACAGAAGGUGAGCAUGAGCAACGUUAUCGAGUUGACGUGGCAAGGCACCAGUCGGACCCCCAGGAGCCUCACCCUUAGCAAUCACAGCGAGGCCAGCAUGGCAUCUCACCUUCUUGACCCUCAGAAGAGCACCAUCAUCGAUAUUGAUUUGGCGCAGCAACAGCACCAGUCCAGCCCGCAUGAGCCUCAGUCAAGGACGAACCUUCCCCUCCACCUGACCCUAGCAGCCUCAGUCCACGACGACCCUUCCACUCGACCUGACCCUAGCGCCUCCACCUUGACCUACGGCCUCAAAAGGUCAGCUUUGUUGAACGAUUCCAUUCGUCUGCAGGAAAUUCUGAGCACGUUGAGUACUCGUGAACUGUUCUCAACAACUGCAAUGUCCUUGUUGAGUGAACCACACUCGAGCCUGAGUUAG